AUGGCGACCAGGUCGAGAUUUACAAGGCUAGAUGCCUUCACGAAGACAGUGGAGGAUGCGCGCAUCAGGACAACAUCAGGUGGUGUUGUGACCAUCGUGUCGCUGAUCGUGGUGUUCUUCCUUGCAUGGGGCGAGUGGGCGGACUACCGCAGGAUAGAGGUGCACCCAGAGUUGAUUGUGGACAAGAGCAGAGGCGAGCGCAUGGAAAUCCACCUCAACAUCACUUUCCCCCGAAUCCCCUGCGAGCUGCUUACGCUCGAUGUGAUGGAUGUCUCCGGUGAGCAACAACAUGGCGUGCAUCAUGGUGUGAGCAAGACAAGGCUUCGACCAUUGAGUGAAGGCGGGGGAGACAUCGACUCCAAGGCAAUCACUCUACACGACGCGACAGAGGCUGCUAUCCAUCUCAGCCCAGACUACUGCGGGCCGUGCUAUGGCGCCGCACCACCCGGAAAUGCACAAAAGGCCGGAUGCUGUAACACGUGCGAUGAAGUCAAGGAGGCUUACGCUCAAGCCGCCUGGGCCUUCGGCAGGGGCGAAGGCAUUGAGCAGUGUGAGCGCGAACACUAUAGCGAGAAGCUGGAUGAGCAGCGCAAUGAAGGGUGCCGCAUUGAAGGUGCACUCCGUGUCAACAAGGUUGUCGGCAACUUCCAUAUCGCUCCUGGGCGCAGUUUCAGCAAGGGCAACAUGCAUGUGCAUGACCUCAACAAUUACUGGAACACACCCACCAAGCACACCUUCACACACACCAUCCAUCAAUUGCGUUUCGGCCCGCAGUUACCUGAUAGCUUGAGCCAGAAGCUAGGCUCCAAGAACCUGCCAUGGACGAACCACCACCUCAACCCACUCGACGGCACAAACCAGCAGACGGACGACGUCAACUACAACUUCAUGUACUUCCUGAAGAUCGUCCCCACUUCGUACCUACCGCUAGGUUGGGAGAAGUCUUGGUCCGGCUUCCGCGACCGGCACUCGGCUGAGCUCGGCGCGUUUGGCGCUUCGCCCGACGGCAGCGUUGAGACUCACCAGUACUCCGUCACUAGCCACAAACGUAGCCUGACGGGUGGCGACGACUCGGCCGAGGGCCAUAAGGAGCGUUUGCACUCCCGCGGUGGCAUCCCAGGCGUUUUCUUCUCAUAUGAUAUCUCGCCCAUGAAGGUUAUUAACAGGGAGGAGAAGGCCAAGAGCUUCCUUGGUUUCCUCGCCGGCCUGUGCGCCAUCGUCGGCGGCACUCUCACUGUGGCGGCGGCCAUCGACCGUGCGUUGUUCGAGGGAGGCGUUAGGUUGAAGAAGAUGAGAUCGAAGGACCUUUGA